AUGAACACGACCACCGGUACGGUUUCGAGAAUCAUCCUUGGAUCUUGCAACUCACAACACCACGAGCAUCAGCCACUUUGGCCCGUAGUUCAGUCUCGGAACCCAACUUCCUUUGUCUGGGCGGGUGAUGCGGUAUAUGCAGAUGAUCGAAAAGUAGAGAAACAGAUACUGGACGCAUCACCCGAAUACCUGAAACACCUUUUGCAAGAGCAACGAAAUGAGCCUGGGUACAAAUCACUCUUGGAAAGUGGUGUAGAAAUAUUUGGGACGAUAGAUGAUCAUGAUUAUGGUACAAAUAAUGGAGACAAAACGUUUCGUUGGAGACGAGAGAAUGCAAUUGAGUUUGUCAACUUCCUAGACCUUCCUGACACCUCACCAAUGAUGAAACGAGCAGCAGCAGGACUGGGCGUGUAUGGUGUCCAAGUUUACGAUUUCAACGAACCUAAUCCAAGGAAACGGUUAUUGUCAGACGAAGCUGCAGGCUUGGAUCCAGACGUAGUACCUGAUCUCGAUCCAUCCGCGACACAAGAGCCUUUAUCGAUAGGCAACCGACUGGUGGCAGUUUUUGUGCUCGAUGUCAGGAGCAAUCGAACACCAUGGCCAAAAACGCUCAAAGAAAAAGUGAUGAACAAAAAUGAUGGUUGUAUGCUGGGAGAUGAGCAGUUUAAAUGGUUUGAAACCGCCAUUGGUCGCUCCAAUGCUACUGUUAAUAUUAUUGUGACUGGAUUACAAGUACAUGCCGAGAGAUAUUACGACAGCGCCAAGGUAGAAAACUGGAACGGAUUUCCAAAGUCACAGCAUCGCUUGUACCAGGCCUUGCUACAGCCCAACGUUCGAGCACCCAUCGUGAUUUCGGGCGACGUUCACCAUGCGCAACUUCUUCGCAAGGACUGCAGACAGAGGGGAUCAAACACACUCCGUCCCCUGUACGAGGUGACCACUAGUGGCAUGACACAUUCAUGGGGAUCAGUUGAAACUUCUACCUGUGGACGAAUCCGUCUCGGUCGUCUCUGCAAUGUGACGUACAUGAACCAUGCCAAACGAUUUGUGCUUCACUUUGCUCAUCAUAUAUUUCCGUGGAACGAAUUGAUUGUGGACGAUGAUUCCAAUCAAAUGCAGUACACUUUGAACCUCAACGUUGCAGAGUUAGAAUUCGACUGGGAAGACCGUCAAGUCUUUACUCGGAUUUUAGGCCACAAAGGCCAAACGAUUCUGGAACAACGAUGGCCAUUUCGAAGCUUGACCAGUAUUGAGGAAACCAUGGUUGCUGAUAGAGAUUUUCAAUCGUUGUCGCAUCGUUUGCAACGUCAAGCAACAAUAAUAGAUCAAGACGACUGGAUAUGUGUGCAUUAUACAGGUAGCCCAAGCCCGGUUUCAUUUGCCAUGGCUAGUAUAGCUACUGCAUCUUUGGUUUCAAUCCUUUUGAGUGCCCCGUUGUUGAUUCCAAUACUCUUGCUUUGGUUGCUACUCACCAAGCGGCGGAAGCGAUCUUCAAGUAAGCAAAAAUCUGAGUAA